AUGGAUCUCAUCGACGACCGCGCAGUACUCGACAAUGAGGAAGACGACGAAUCCUUCGAUGAAGAAACGGGUGAGGUGAGGGCGAAGGAGAACGGAACUACUGGUGGCUUUGAUGAUUCCUCGGAGGAAGAAGAGGACGAUGACGAUGAAGAAGCUGCCGCAGAAGUUGCUAAGGACUUUAUUGUGGAUGAAGAUGAAGAGGACGAGGAGACACGCCGAGAAAGACGCCGCGAACGGAAGAAACGCCGCCGCGAGGAACGCGAAGAGGAAGGCUUGGACGAAGAAGAUCUCGAGCUGAUCGGCCUGAAACCAGCAGAGGAUGCCCCCGAGCCCAAAUUCAAGCGCCUUAAACGUGGUCCGCGCGAAGACCGUGAUGUGCAACAACCCUCUGGCGUCACCGACAUAUUUGGUCAAUCGGACGAGGAGGAGGACACCGUUGACUAUACACGUCGGAGCCGACCAGAUCGACGGGGUUUACAGGAUGAGUUCGAUGACUUCAUUGAAGAGGAUGUCUUCUCCGAUGAGGAGCAACAGCGACAACGCGAAGAUGAGGAAGUGGCCCGGCCAAAUCGAAGAGGUCUUCCAGAUCUGGGUAUCGCUGAUGCAGCAGGUCUCGACGAGCAAGCUCUAGAAGAUUUCAGGGCAGCGUUUGGAGACGGGACCGACUAUGAUUUCGCUCUGGAGAAGGAGGACGAGGCAGACGAAGAAGAAGCCGAGAAGGAUAAACAUCUUGACCUCAAGGACGUCUUCGAACCCUCACAACUAGCGGAGAAAAUGUUGACAGAAGAAGACAAUGCAAUCCGCUUCACCGACGAACCGGAACGGCAUCAGCUUGCCCGAAAGCCAUAUCGCCACGUGGAACUGACCGAGGAUGAGUUCAAGGACGAGGCUAGCUGGAUAGCCAAUCUCAUGCUUCCUGGGAAACAGUUCAAUCCCGAUCUUCACGAGCCUUUUCGACGGGCAAUCGCACAGGUGCUGGAGUUCAUGGUCCGGGAUGACUAUGAAGUCCCCUUCAUAUUCCAGAACCGCAAAGACUAUCUCCUCCAUGUCGUACAGAAGGUUGUUGGCAAGGAUGAGGAUGGCAACGAUCGAAUAGUUGCAGAUGCCACUCGGUUACUGGUACAACGUGACCUCUGGCAAAUUUUCGAGCACGAUCUAAAGUAUCGAGCUUUGAUCGAAAAGCGACAAGCGUUGCAAAAGACAUACCAGGAUCUGAAGUCCACGAACAUCCCCGACGAUCCUGUGUUCCAGGAGAUGCUCCCGCUGGCAGCUACUAUGGAAGAACUUCAAGAUCUCCAGGACUAUCUCUAUUUCCAAUACGCAUCACAGCUUAAGGAUUUGGCUCUGACGUCCAACGGGGAGCCCAACGGCAUCAAUAUGUCCCAAAAGAAGGCUGCCACCAGAACUGUGUAUGAGGAGAUCCGGGCUUCGAAGGCAUUUGGUCUUGUUCGAGCAUUCGGUAUCACUGCAGAUGGAUUUGCUCAAAACGCAUCCCGACAAGGCGUACGGACGUAUGCAGAAGAUCCCAGUGACAGUCCAGAGAAUCUUGCCGACACAAUGAUCGAUGAAGAGUUCCCUACAGGCUCGAAAGUAUUGAAGGCAGCAAGGUCGAUGUUCGUUGAAGAGCUUACAAACAAUCCGAGAUUCAGAGGUCUUGUUAGGAAAACCGUCUACAUUGAAGGUGUCAUUGACUGUCACCGCACCGAGAAGGGGCUCAAAAAGAUCGACGAGCAGCACCCUUACUAUGAGUUCAAAUAUCUCAGAAAUCAGGAUUUCCGCUCAUUUUUUGAGAGACCUGAUUUGUUUUUGAAGAUGCUCAAGGCCGAAGAAGAAGGCCUGAUUGAGGUCAAGGUCCGACUGCGGAAUUUGGAAGGCUUCAAGAAACAGUUGUAUAAGCACAUCGAAACGGACAACUAUUCCACCAUCGCGGAUGCUUGGAACGCCGAGCGGCGUGAUGUUGUCUCUGCUGCGGUUGACAAAGUGAUGAGGCUUAUGGGGAGACUGGUCAAGGAGAAUCUCAAGGAGCAGUGUGAGAAUGCCAUUGGAAUCGAGUGCCGGGAAGAGUUCAAUCAGAGACUGGACCAAGCACCGUAUCAACCACGUGGCAUGAAGAAAGGCACUACUCCUCGUGUCCUAACACUAUCUGCUGGCGGCGGGACUAUUGGUCGUGACCCUAUUUUCUGGGCCUAUGUCAACGACGACGGAAGAGUUCUUGAGCAUGGUCGGUUUAAGGAACUUGGCCCUGGUGAUCAAGAGCGCAGUAUUCCCGAUGGCAAGGACGUUGAGGCUCUCUUGGAAGUGAUCCGACGCAGGGAACCAGAAGUUAUCGGAGUGUCAGGGUGGUCGCCCGAAGCGCGCAAACUACAGGCCAACCUCGCGACACUUGUCCAAAACCAUGACCUUCGUGGUCCCGUGUUUUCGGACGAGGACGACAGGGACAGGAGCGAACUACUGGAGGUGAUCAUGGUCAACGACGAAGUUGCUCGGAUGUACCAGACCAGUGACCGGGCAAAACACGAUCACCCCGGAUUCCCGCAACUGGCUCUUUACUGCGUCGCUCUUGCGAGAUAUAUGCAGGACCCAUUGAAAGAGUACGCCGCGCUAGGGCGAGACAUUGUUUCGAUCAGCUUCCAUCCCGCACAGAACCUACUUCCCCAGGAGAAGCUUUUGAAGAAGCUAGAAAUGGCCCUGGUCGACACUGUUAACAUGGUUGGGGUGGACAUCAACGAAGCUACAAGCGAUAGCGCCGUCGCAAACCUUCUGCCUUAUGUGGCCGGCCUAGGGCCGCGAAAAGCCUCGCAUCUUCUCAAGGUGAUGAAUCUGAACGGUGGAUUCAUCACGACUCGUGAAGACCUCUUAGGCCUUAAUGAGAAACAUUCGGCGAUGGGCUUCAAGGUUUGGAGCAAUGCUGCGGCCACGCUGUAUAUACCUUUCGAGCAGUCCGAGCCCACGUCCGAGUAUCUGGACGGCACCCGAGUCCACCCUGAAGACUAUGACAUUGCUCGCAAGAUGGCCGCCGACGCCCUCGAACUUGACGAGGAAGACAUUGAAGCCGAACGGCAAGAAGGAGGCUCUGCGGCUAUCGUGCGCCGACUGAUUCGGGAAGAUGCUCAGGAGCGCGUGAACGACCUCGUCCUUGAAGAAUAUGCUGAGCAAUUGGAGAAGAACCUGAACGCGAAGAAGCGCACCACGCUUGAAAAUAUCCGCGCCGAACUCAACGAACCGUAUGAGGAGCUCAGAAAUCCCUUCCGCAGCAAUCUGGGAGAGUCGGAAAUAUUUACAAUGCUUACGGGCGAGACGCGAGAGUCACUCCAACGAGGUAUGAAUGUUCCUAUAUCGCUGAAAAAGAUUACGGAUUCCUACGUCGAGGGCAAACUGGACUGCGGACUGGAUGCAAUCGUUGAGGAUGGUCAAUGGUCCGAAACUGGAAUGUCACCCAAGCAGUUAUACACGCUGCACCAGACCGUACCAGCUCACAUCACCUCUAUCAACCGAAAAGACUUUUUAGUCACUGUCAGUUUGAGGGAUGACCAGCUCAAGAAGCCGUUUAAGCGCUUCAAUCACAAUGACCGCCACUAUGACGAAUGGGACGACCGAGAAGAAGCCCAAGACAAGAAGCUUUUGGAGGAAAAGACCGACUCUGGAAGCCGUGCCACCCGUGUGGUCAAACAUCCUCUAUUCCGGCCGUUCAAUGCCAAACAGGCCGAGGAGUAUCUCGCCAACCAAAACCGCGGUGACGUCGUGAUACGACCUUCAUCUAAGGGGACGGACCAUCUGGCGGUAACUUGGAAAGUUGCAGAUGGCAUCUUUCAACAUAUCGAUGUGCUUGAACUUGACAAGGAGAACGAGUUCGCCUUGGGGAGAACUCUGCGAAUUGGUGGGAAAUACAACUACUCUGACCUGGACGAAUUGAUCGUGCUGCACGUGAAGGCCAUGGCAAGGAAAGUCGAUGAAAUGUGCGGCAACGAGAAAUUCCAGGACAAGUCCAAGGCGGCACUAGAGGAGUGGUUGACGACCUACACCAACGCGAAUCCCAAGCGGUCUAUGUACCAGUUCUGUAUCAAUCGAGAGCGACCAGGACAAUUCCAUCUGGUAUUCAAGGCUGGUCAGAAUGCCAAGCUCAUGGACUGGAGUGUCCGUGUGAUUCCGCAAGGGUUUGAGCUCAUGAAAACGCCAUAUCCCACCAUGAGAGAUUUGUGCAAUGGGUUCAAGCUCAUCUUCCAGAACAUGCAACAAGCGGCGGCUAUGGGAAGAGGGCCGCGGAGAUGA